AUGGCGUCCCUGGAGGAAGAGUUGACCUGUUCGUUGUGCCGUGACGUCUUCAGCCAGGCCCAGUCCCUGCUGUGUGGCCACAGCUUCUGCCCGGCCUGCGUACGGGACACCUGGGGGCACAGGAAGGCUGGGGUCAGGGGUCGCUUCACCUGCGCACAGUGCCAGGAGGAACAAGGGGUAGUGGCGUGUGACUGCUGCCCACCUGUGGGGGACAAGGACGAGGCGGGGACCACCGUGGCGGUGAAGACCUGCCUGCGCUGUGAGGUGUCUCUGUGUGCAGAGCACCUGCGGCCCCACCUGGAGCGGCCCGCCUUUAAGACACACCUGCUGGUGGAACCCCUGGGAGAUCUGUCUCACCGCAGGUGUCCCGCCCACAAGGAGAUGUUCCUCUACUACUGUGCAGACGAGCGGGUGUACUUGUGUUCAGAGUGCCUGUUGGAAGGUGGCCAUGCACAGCACCGCAUUAAAGGACUGAGGAAGGUGGAGGAGGACUUCAAGGUCCUCCUCAAGGGCCUUCUCCAGAAAGCAGAUGAAAAGCUGAAUGAAGGUGAAUGGAUCCUCCAAGAGUACCAGAACACUGACCUCACUAUAACAGACAUGUCUGUGGCAAAUGACUCCCAAGUGGAACGUAUGGGUGUAGAUCUGCAGCUGCAGGUGGAGAGGCUAGUGCUGGCCCUGAGGGAGAGCACCUUGAGGGAGAGGCAGAAGGUCAUGGAGCGCCUGCAGAACGACUGUAGCAGGGUGAGGGUGGACCUGAGUAAGACCCAGGACAUUCACCACUACCUGACAUCCUUGCUGGAGGAGACAGACCCCUUCCUGCUCAUCUGGGCAUUUCAUUCUGAUGACUCAAGGCUGCUUGUGGACCUGAACUGCCCCUUGUUCACCCCUGACCCUGUCAACCUGGACAGGAAGUACAUUGUGGAGGACAUUGAGAGCAAGCACCGACAGUUAAUCACCGAGACGAUGCACUGUCUCACCGAACUCAAGAGAGAGCUCUGUGAGUGCACAAGCUGAAUCUUCAACCCUGAAAUCUGAGAUG